GCAAAGGCACAAAACACAAGGAAAUGGUAUAAAUAUUAGAAACCUUCAAACAUUUGUACAUUGGGGAAGUUAGCAAGCAAAUUACAGUGUGACGAAGGGAUUUUCCGGGCUUCUGUUUAUCAGAAAUGGCCAUUAAAACUCGUGCGUACUCCGUCGAUGGCAAGCGGGAAAUGACGAUAGAUGAGUUCAAAAGAUGGUUAAAGAAAUUCGAUGAUGAUAAAGAUGGCAAGAUUAGCAGAGACGAGCUUGCCGAUGCUAUACGAGUCUCCAAUGGUGGAUGGUUCACUAGUAGGAAGAGCAAGCGUAUAAUCAGAUCGGUGGAUGCCAAUGGUAGUGGCUUCAUUGAUGAUAAUGAGAUCAAAAACCUUGUGGAAUUUGCAGAGAAACACUUGAAGGUGAGAAUUUUGCAUUUGUAAAGCGUUCAUUUGAAUCGUAUCCAUUUACUUUAUUCCAUUUUUUUGUUAAUCAAUGGGAAAAUUCCGAGUUCCUUUCGUCAGUGUACACAAAGGGUAAAUCCUGUAGAUUCAUUCAUCUUUAAAAGAUAACAUUCAUCUUAGUAUGUACUUGAAAGAAUUGGAUUGAUUGGAUUACAAGCAAUCUCCUAUGAACUAAUAAUGAAAGAUUUAUUUUGUAUAAGCAACAAAUAUAUAUAUAAACAAUAAUUAAAACUACCCUUUUCUCCCAUGAAUGUAUACAUACUGGAAUUGUUUGUGGGAUCACAAUAAUUCACUAUACAAAUUAUAAAUCAAACUACAAUGAAGCCAUUAUAAAGCUUCAGAGAUUCUAUAAAAAAUUUCAAAUAAAUUAUUUUCGACGACAACCGAGAGUUGACCGAA